AUGCCAUUAACCUCAAAAGGAUCUUUCUCUCAAACACCCGCAACAAAUUCCUCGGUUCCUUUCACCGUACUACCGGCACCUUUUCAAACAGUACUACUGAUUAGCACCACACAGCUGCAGGAAGCUCUUAGAAGGGUAACGGAAAUCGAUGUCGAUGUAAGGAACUCUUCAGCGAACUUGACACCAAUCACAAAUAUCACCAAACAACAAAAAUCAGAGUACUCGAGUAUUAUGGCGGAUUUGAUUCCAUUAUAUGCAAAGAUCAAUCGUUUAAUUCCGUUGUAUUACAUAAUUACCAAGAAUAGCGACACGGCGACCAGGGACUUCAUAACGAUGAAAUACAUGAUCCAACGACAAUUCAUAUUGUUACCCGAAGAUCGAUACUUUUUAAGGAUUGAAGAGUUACAGAAGCACAAGAAGUUACUCCAGGAACUCGAAAAAUAUGAAUGCGCAGUGGAAAAACUGCAGAAUUCGGGGGGCCACGCAUCAAUUAACAUUCAAUUUCACACUAGAGGCGAAUCACCACAAAAUCAGAUCGAACGAGAUGAUACCGUCAAUCACAAGCUUUCAUUGCCGCCACUAAAGUGCGGUGCCGGCACUCUUGCAAAGUUUCUUUCUUUGGUUGAAGGGGAUUCGUUGGAUGAACUCACAAAUCGCGUAGGAGAUUUGAUUCUUCCAAAAAAGAUUAAUAAUGAUCAAAGUGUAAAUUAUUCAUUAGCAAAAGGAGGACCGAACAUUCAAAAAACAAUGCCAAUUUUAUUGGAUCGGUAG